UCUACAUACACAAUAUGUCUCCACAACAACUCAUUUCACAAAUUCAAACUUCUCUCUCUCUCUCCCCUAUUCUGUCUCCAAGAAUUUCAUCUCACUUUCUUUACUCUUACAAACUUUUAGACAAAACAAAUGGAUGGAAGCUGCGUAGAUGAAAGCACAACCAGCGAGUCUGUAUCAAUCACGCCCGCAUCCACCUCACCAGCGGCCGCUAAGUCGCCGGAGAGUCUUUGCCGCGUCGGCAGCGGUGCCAGUGUGAUUAUCGAUGCGGAGAACGGCGUCGAAGCUGAGUCGAGGAAGCUGCCCUCGUCGAGGUUCAAAGGGGUGGUCCCUCAGCCUAACGGCAGGUGGGGUGCACAAAUCUACGAAAAGCACCAAAGGGUUUGGCUGGGUACUUUUAAUGAAGAAGAAGAGGCCGCGAGGGCUUACGACACCGCCGCGCAGCGGUUCCGCGGCCGAGACGCCGUCACGAACUUCAAGCCAUUGUCGGAGACCGAAGAAGAUGAGGUGGAAGCCGCUUUCUUGAAUUCUCAUUCAAAAGCUGAGAUUGUUGACAUGCUCAGGAAGCACACGUAUAAUGAUGAGCUGGAGCAAAGCAGGCGAAACUAUAAUGGGAAGAGGGCUGGGAAAGACGGCCCGUUCAGCUUCUCCAGCGGCGGCGACAGGGCGGCGAAUGCCCGCGAACAGCUUUUCGAAAAGGCGGUGACGCCCAGCGAUGUCGGCAAGCUUAACAGGCUCGUUAUACCGAAACAGCACGCGGAGAAGCACUUCCCUUUACAGAGUGGAAACACUUCGAAAGGCGUUUUGUUGAAUUUCGAAGACAUGGGAGGUAAGGUGUGGAGGUUUAGGUAUUCAUACUGGAACAGCAGCCAGAGCUACGUGCUGACUAAGGGUUGGAGCCGAUUUGUGAAGGAGAAGGAUUUGCGGGCCGGCGACAUUGUUAGUUUUCAGCGAUCAACCGGCCCGGAUAAGCAGCUGUACAUUGAUUGGAAAUCAAGAAACACCGGAUCAAAUGCAGCUGUUGCCGGAGUGGUAUCGGGCCGGGCUCAGCCAGUUCAGAUGUUUAGGCUAUUCGGGGUCAACAUACUUGAGGUGCCAAGUAACUGCACGGCCCCCUCCACCGCCACGGCCACGGCCACCGUCACCGCCACCGCAGCCAUUGAUAGUAAUGGUAGUUGCAGUAGUAAAAGGAUGAGAGCAAUGGAGAUUUUGGGAUUAGAUUGUAGCAAGAAACAAAGGGUCAUUGAUGCCUUGUAACAUUAAUUAGUUUUAGUUUCUAAUUUAUUUUGUUUUUGGCUUUUGGUUUCAAGUGUUAGUGUAGUUGGGAAAGGGAUGAGAAGGUGAUGGAGUGGGAUAGUGCAAGUUGCAACAAAAGUUUCAAUUGUAUAGUAACUAGACCAAGAAAAGAAGGCCGCCAGCCAGCCAGCUGAAGAGAGCUGCACCGCAACUCAAAAUGAAAAUACCAAAAAUUGUCAAUUUCAACUUCAUUUUCUUCA